AUGGACAGCUUCGAUUUGCUCGUCAUCAAUGGCCUCGUCGUGACCGCUUCUGACACGGCCAAUUAUGACAUCGCCAUAAAAGAUGGAAAGAUUGCAUUGCUUGCCCCUCCUGGGGUGCUUGCGACAAGUAGCGCAAAAAAGGUGAUUGAUGCCGAAGGUGGCUAUGUAAUGCCUGGCGGUAUCGACUGCCAUGUGCAUCUCGAGGAACCUGCGCUGUUUGGAGGCAAGGGACGAAGCUCGGACGACUUCGAAUCUGGUACAGAAAGCAGCAUCUGCGGAGGAACAACCACCAUCGUAGCGUUUGCGCCUCAGCCCAAGACUGUUCCUUCUCUCCUCCAAGUCCUCGAAGACACCCACGCCCGAGCCAAAGACAAAUGCUACACCGACUACUCGUUCCAUCUACUCGUUGGCCACCCCGGCGAGCAAGCCUUGUCGGAGUUCCCCAAGCUGCGCGAACUGGGCAUAUCCUCGUUGAAGAUCUACAUGACCUAUGCCGCUCUGCAGCUUCGAGACGAUGAGAUCCUCGACGUGCUGCUGUCUUCUAGGAAAGAAGGCAUUACAACCAUGAUCCACGCCGAGAAUGGCGAUGUGCUGAACUGGAUGACCAAGAAACUGGAAGAGAGGAAGUUGUAUGCGCCGAAGUACCACGCCACAUCAAGGCCGCAGAUCGUGGAGACUGAGGCCACCAACCGAGCCAUUGCGCUGGCCGAGCUGAUGGAUGCGCCCAUUCUGGUUGUCCAUGUCUCAUCACCGAGUGCUGCCGCCCAUCUUCGCAAUGCUCAGACUCGAGGGCUCCCCGUGUACGCCGAGACAUGCCCUCAGUAUCUCUUCCUGACUCGAGAUGACCUGGACAAACCAAACUUUGAAGGCGCCAAGUGUGUGUGCUCUCCGCCGCCACGAGAAUCGGCAAAUGACCACGAAGCCAUCUGGCUGGGCCUGGCCAAUGGCACCUUCACCGUUCUCUCCUCCGACCAUUGCCCCUUCAUGUACGAGGACUACGAGAAGGGCAAGAAGUCCAUCAUCAGCGAGGAGUACCCCGAAGGACGGUUCAGCGGGAUUCCCAACGGGUGCCCGGGUGUCGAAACUCGCUUGGCUUUGACCUUGAGUGCCAACCGACUUCCUCUGCAGAAAUUCGUCGAAGUCACCAGCACCAACGCGGCCAGGCUGUACGGGCUGUAUCCUAAGAAGGGGACAAUUCUUCCGGGAGUCAGUGAUGCCGAUCUGACCAUCUGGUAUCCUCCCGGCAAGCUGGGAACUUUCAAGCUCACCAACUCGAUGCUGCAUCACAAUGUGGACUAUACGCCUUUUGAAGGCAUGGACCUAAACCAGUGGCCUCGAUACACUAUUCUCCGGGGCGAGGUGGUAUGGGAUAGGGACAAUGGCGGGCUCUUGGGCAAGAAGGGAUAUGGGCAAUUUGUGCCCAGAGGCAAGAGUACUUUGCCCGGUCCUCGAAAGGAGGGAGAGUGGGAUGUGAGCGCCUUUUAG